AUGGAUUGCAAAAUGUUCAUUUUCUUAAUGGCGUUGGGAAUAAAUUUAAUUUUGGCAGAUGACGUGAGCUAUCAAGCUUGCGUCGAUAAAUACUCAAGGAAGGGAUACCAGCCGUGGCAGGAAUGGUCAGAUCAUUACACCUGCCACAGAUACCGAUGUGAAAUACGAGACGGGAAAUAUUUUAUUGCUGCUGUCGGUUGCCGCAAGCCAAAGAUACCUGAAAAUGCCCUCGAAUGUCACGAAUAUAUUGAAGACGAGAACGUUGAAUUUCCAACAUGCUGUGCUCGCUUACGUUGCGUUGUGGAACUCAAUGGUGAACGAAUUGUGCAGACACGUGGACAACCUGGUGAACUUUUCCCUGACAAGCCAUGGAAGGGCCAACAAAAUGAACCAAACGCAGCGGUAGUCGGCAUGGGACCAGUACAGCAGAACCCAGGUGGUGAACCCCAGAGUCAACCAGCUCCCGGCAUGUUUAACAACAGAGGCGCAGGCAAGCCAACGGAUGGCAGCGAUAUUAAUGGACGCCGUUACGUAGACCCAUAUCCAUCUCAACCAAUGCAAGAUUCACCAAGAAAGAAGAGAUCUACCACCCACCCCCUUUUUGACCGUGGAUUCCUACAGGAACGCGCCUAUGCCCCACAUCAGAUCAAAAUUCACGGAUAUUCCCCUGAAAAAUAUACAUCAUACUUUACAAGUAGCGUCAAAGGCAUUUCUAAUCCUAAGCUUCACAUUAAUAUGUCUUAA